AUCGGCGGUGGUGACACGAUAUCAAUCAACAUGAGCUUGUGGAGCGUUCUCAGUGGCGGUGUGGGCGGGUACUUCUCUGUCUACAUGGUCCUGGGUGUGGCGCUGAUCGCAAAGGCUCUCCAAGAGUCCUGGCUAGCUGCCUUCCGACAGCACGAAGCACUCGUGGUAGGUGGAAAGACGCGGCGGUUAUCCAAGUUGCGCUUCGGUUUCUGGUCGCUCAUGUGGGCGCACCUCGGAUCUCGGUGGAUGUAUUGGCUACCAGGACUUGUGCUGAUAUUCGUGUGGUGGUGGCGUCGACACGGGCCUUCGUUUUGGUCCGAUUCGACAGACGACAUUGUCGACGACUCGGACGUGCCAGCGUUGGAACCGUUCGACCCGUCCUCUCCUCUCUCGCUACACCCAGCGCAUCCCCCUCCAUCCAAGCAACCAGCAUCUUCAUCCGCAGCACCACAAACGAACCCUCGUGCCCACAAGAAGCCGCCGUCACGGCAUCCACCAUCUACUGACAACAACCAAGUGCGGCGAAGACAAGAGCAACGCUUCCAAGCGUUGCUGGCACACAAUACACAAUGCGAGCAACUCUCUCGACCGCCCAAACCCCAUGGGUGGCUGGUAUACGACCCGUUGCAAGGCACGUUGGUCGUCGCGGCCACAGGACAGCCGGCGCCGUGACUGAACUAAUCAUCCCAUCUCUACAGUUCAUCAACAGUCGGGAAGUACUACUCUAUCGUGUAACGUUAUUAUAAUACUACUACGCAGUACUAC